AUCUCCUAUGUCCUGUCUUCCACUCUGUAACCAAAAAAAGUUGAUAUAAAUUUAAAAUUAAAAUUAAAAAAAAAAAAAAAGAAGGGAAAACCCUAGAUUUCUCCGUCUCUCUCCUAUCAAAGCUUGAGAAAGUUUGAGACUUUGAGAAUCUAAAGCUCCAAAAUUUUUGUUCUGGAGGAAUCGAAUUAUGUACAAGGAACGUAGUGGAGGAGGAGGUGGUGGUGGGUCGUCGAGAUCAGAGAUCCUAGGUGGAGCAAUUGAUCGGAAACGAAUCAACGAUGCACUCAAUAAGAAACUAGAGAAAUCUUCAGCUUCCACCACCACAUCUAGGGUUCUCACUUCUAAAGACAAAGGUCCCUUUUCAUUCACAUCUACCUCAACUGCUAAAUCUCAGCUUCCCGAUG